UUGGUUGUUUUUACAUCUCUAGCGGCAGAAAAGUGCAGAAAAUUUUCUGAAAAUUUCUAAAUGCAAAGUGAGAGAGUGCGUACAGUGAGAUCUGUGUGCAAUGGAAGCGAGUCUAGAGGAGAGCAUGGACAGCGAGCACACCAGUUCGCCGAUCAGCAAGACGGAGGCGAAGGAAUCCCCUCCAGGAGUGGGCCUCAAUGGAAACGGCAGUGGUAGUGGCAGUGGCAGCCAGGAGGCCCCGAAUAAUGGCGUUGCUAUAGCCAAGGAAAAACCCAACGAAGCCCAGUGGAGCAAGCCGUUCAAUGCAUUCAGUGGUCGACCCAUUGGGGAGCACACAGCGCAGCAGCAGGCUCUGCAGCAGCAGCAACAGCCGCAACAGCAGCAGCCGCAGCAACAACAACCUCCCCCUGGAGCAAAUGGUGUGACGGGUCCCCCGGAAAUCUGGGUAGAAACCAAGGCGGAGGACGGACGGUCCUAUUAUUACCAUGCGGUGACAAGGGAAACCACCUGGACCCGACCCGAAGGACCCAAUGUUAAGAUUAUGACCCAGGCCGAGGUGGAAGAGAUGGCGAAGCGACCAGCCCAGGCUGCCAAGGUGGAGCCCAAAAACAGCGAGACGACCGGCGAGAUUCCAGCAGUUUCGUCCCAUCUCACUUCGCAACCGCCGCCACAUCUGAUGAGUCAACCACCACCAAAUGCGGCAGCUCCUCUGCUAUCUCAGCCGCCACCAAAUGUGCGUCAGCAGCCACCGCCCAUGUUUCAGCCACCUGGGAUGCAACCGCCUCCCGGAUUUGGACAGCCGCCAUUCUGCAUGCCGCCACCGGCGUACGGAUUUCCUGGAGGAGCGGCUCCAGGUGGAGCGCCUUGGGGCGUGGGCGUGCCGCCCUGGCAACAACAGCAACACAUGCACGGAGGCCAGGAUAAUAAGCCAGCUAAGUCGCUGAUUAUCAAGCCGGGCGUUAUCGAUCCAGCUGUAAUUGGACGAGCUGCAGAGUGGUCAGAACAUCGUGCUCCCGAUGGCAGACCGUACUAUUUUCAUGCCGGUCGAGGGGAGAGUGUCUGGGAGAAGCCGCAGGCGCUGAGGGACAUGGAGGCCGCCCGCAUGGCAGCCCACUCUGGGGUGGCGCCUGCUGUGGCUCCGUCCGGAUUGCCACCCCAUCUGCUACCCAAUCCCAUGAUGCAUAUGCCACCGGGCUCUGCGCCGCCGGGAUUCGACCCGCAUGCUGCUUUUGCGGCCGCUGCCGCAGCAAUGAAAGCGAAUUCGGAGAACACUAAGGCGGCGCAGGCUGCCGCUCUGGAAAAGGAGGCUAAGAAGGCGGCGGAAGAGAAGCGGAAAAAGGAGGAGGAGCAAAAGAAGGCGGCGGCCACCGCCAAGCAGACGGACAAGAGUCGACCGGUGACAAGUACACCCAUUGCCGGAACUCCCUGGUGUGUCGUGUGGACUGGAGAUGCCCGCGUCUUCUUUUAUAAUCCUUCGACGAGGACUUCAGUUUGGGAUCGCCCCGAGGAUUUGAUGAAUCGCGAGGACGUUGACAAGGCGGUAAACGAGCGACCCGAACAGCUGAAGACCCCGCAGGAGAAGUCAGCUGAAGCGGAUCAGAAAUCUAGCGAGGAGGCCGCACAGGAACAGGCUCAAGCUCAAGUCCAAACCCAGCAGCAAGAGCAGGUGCAACGAGUGGAAGCAGAGGAUGAUGAUGACGACGAGGUGAUUAAGAUACGCACUGAAUCCGAGUCCAGUGUGGAGGAAGUGCCCACAAAACGAGUGCGAAUGAUUUCAAAGUCGAAAAGGGCCGAGGAUGCUGCCCUAGAGGCUGAGCAGAGGGCGGCCAAGGAGCGGGCCCUGGUACCUUUGGAGAUGCGCGUCACCCAGUUCAAGGAGAUGCUUAGGGAGAAGGACGUAUCGGCUUUCAGCACAUGGGAGAAGGAGCUUCACAAGAUCGUGUUCGAUCCGCGUUAUCUGCUGCUGACGUCAAAGGAACGCAAACAGGUAUUUGAAAAGUAUGUCAAGGAUCGGGCCGAGGAAGAGCGUAAGGAGAAACGGAACAAGAUGCGCCAGAAGCGGGAGGACUUCCGUAGCCUAAUGGAAGAAGCCAGGCUGCAUGGCAAAUCCUCGUUCUCGGAAUUCAGCCAGAAGAACGCGAAGGAAGAGCGGUAUCGGGCCAUCGAAAAGGUCCGCGAGCGGGAGAGUCUCUUCAACGAGUACAUCGUGGAGGUGCGUCGGCGCGAGAAGGAGGACAAGCAGCUGAAGAAAGAGCAGAUCCGCAAGGACUUUCUGGAUAUGCUGCGCGAAAGGCACGACAUCGAACGCCACACCAGGUGGUACGACAUCAAGAAGAAGUUUGAGUCUGACCCCCGCUACCGGAUAGUGGACUCCCUGUAUCGGGAGGAGUACUUCGAGGAUUAUCUGCACAUAAUGAAGGAGGAGAAGCGAAAGGAGCGAGAAAUGCGUGAACAGCGGGAACGAGAGCGGCAUCGCGAACGCAAAUCGGAUCGGAGGGAUAGGGACAAGGACAAGGAGAAGGACAAGGACAAGGAAAAGGAUAAGGACAAGGGUCGCAAGGAUCGAGGACGCAGUCGCUCGAGGGACAAGGAUCGCGAACGCAAGUCGUCCAAGGAAAAGGAAAAAAUAAAGGAGGAAAAGGGCAAGUCGGAGAAAAUCAAGAAACGGGAUACUACUCCGGAGGAGGGCGAGCAUCGCGAGGAUUCCGAUAGAGAAGAACGAGCGGGCAGCGUCGACAGCGAGGUGGCUCGUCAGCGGGAAAACGAGGCUGAGCAAAAGCAAAAAGAGCGCGAAAAGAAGCUGAGGGCGGAGCAAAGCAUCCGGGAGCGAGAGAAGGAGGUGCAACGAACCCUGGCCGGGCAUCUGAGGGAUCGGGACAAGGAGCGCGAGCACCACAUGCGCGAAGAGUGCAUUGGUCACUUCACGGCUCUGCUAACAGAUCUAGUGCGUACGCCGGACUUUACAUGGAAGGAGGUCAAGCGCCAGUUGCGGAAGGACCAUCGCUGGGAACUGAUUGAGACCCUCGAUCGAGAAGACCGCGAGCGCAAAUUCAACGAGCACAUUGACAACCUGAUGAAAAAAAAGCGAGAGCGGUUCCGCGAAAUGCUGGACGAGAUUGGCACUCUGCAGCUCACUAGCACUUGGAAGGAGAUUAAAAAGCUGAUCAAAGAGGAUCCGCGAUAUCUGAAGUACAAUUCGGACAAAGGAGAGCGCGAGUUCCGAGACUACAUAAAGGAUAAAACGAUGACAGCAAAGACUUCCCUUCGGGAACUCUUGCAAGAGUGUAAGUUUAUUACCCACAAGAGCAGCGAUCUCAUCAAGGAAAAUCCCAACCAUCUCAAGGAGAUUCAGGACAUACUGAAGAACGACAAGCGCUAUUUGGUGCUGGAUCACAUGGAGGAGGAGAGAAACACUAUUGUGCUCGGAUUCUUGGAGGAGCUUAACAAGCGCGGACCGCCACCACCCCCAACAGCUUCUGAGUCAACGCGUCGCAACAAGUAGUGGCAUUAUAAAGUAAACUGCAAACUAUUCAAUUUAAUCAUAACAAUUAAAUUAUUAUACUAAGCCGAAGUUCUGUAACUUCUAAUAUUUUAAAUGAAUAAAUUAAAAUACACACAUUAAUGCAAUUAAAAAUAAUGA